GAUGACUCCGACUAUUGUCGCGUUGCUCUCGUUCCUCUCGUUGUCCCGGAGUUUUGUCCGAGGAUGGCACGUCGCGUUUCCAAAUGACGAGAUUUUUGGCAACGAUCUCUCCGAAACGAUGUCUUCUCAGCCGGCCUUUAUAUUUCCAGGGACAAAAUGGUGCGGCAGUGGCAAUAUCGCGAACAACCCGGACGAUCUUGGAAUAUUCGCAAUGACCGAUGCAUGCUGCCGUGAACACGAUAAUUGCAAAGAUGUAAUCGAGUCGAUGCAGACUAAAUACGGUUUGACCAAUACUGCACUUUAUACAAGGCUGCACUGCUCCUGCGACGAGAGCUUCUACGACUGUCUCCAUGGCUCGGAGGAACUCGUUAGCGCGAAGGUCGGCUUCCUCUACUUCAGCGUGUUAGACACGAAGUGCUUCCGCGAAGACUACCCCAUCGUUGGCUGCAAACGGCAUUCACUCAUUCCUAGACGCUGUUUGGAGUACGAGCUGGACGAGAGCCAACCGAAGAUGUAUCAGUGGUUCGACGUCCCUACGUACUUCCAAAACGACCAUCAUCGUUCGAUGCUGGUCGAUCGUCAUAUUCAAUCGGACCGAUAGAAAUCGAAGGAGGGAGGUCUAUUUUCGCGGGAUCAUCUCGGAGGAAAAUGUCGCACGUGUGUAGUGCAAAUUAUUAUCGGAUCGAGCGUAUAUAUCUGUCAACGUGUAGUUGAAUAAACGCCAAUAAAAUCACUUUUACGAC